UAUUACAUCCUCCAUGUUGAAAUGUCUGACAAGUGUCAGCAAAUACACCUUUCACUGAUGUCCGUUAUAUCAACCAGGAUGACUUUAAUUAUCAAAUGAAACUAUGCUGAGUUUGUGGCAGCCCGGACGGAGGGACAACAGUACAGAUGGAGUACCGUAGUGUCGUCUACAACGCAGCUCGAGACGGCAAACUCGGCCGUCUUCGGAUAUAUCUCGAUCGAAAAACUAAAGACGAGGUGUCAAAAUUAAUCCAUGCAAAAACGAAUGGAGCCACUCCUCUGAUAAUGGCUUGUCGGAAUGGUCAUCUGGAUGUUGUAAAGUACCUAGUAGAAACAUGCAGCGCAGACAUAGAACAAGUUGGGUCUGUCACUUUCGAUGGAGAGACGAUUGAGGGUGCCCCUCCCCUUUGGUGUGCUGCAGCUGCGGGUCACUUGGGGGUUGUGAUGUUUCUCGUUGAGAAAGGGGCGGGGGUCAAUAAGACAACAUACACAAACUCUACACCUCUCAGAGCUGCAUGUUUUGAUGGGCAUUUUGAGAUUGUGAAAUAUCUGGUUGAGCAUGAUGCUGACAUUGAAAUUGCCAAUCGCCAUGGCCACACAUGUUUGAUGAUAUCCUGCUAUAAGGGACACAAGGAAAUAGCUGAAUACCUCUUGCAACUUAAUGCAGAUGUCAAUAGAAAGAGUGUUAAAGGUAAUACCGCUCUUCAUGACUGUGCAGAGUCAGGUAGCUUGGAAAUCAUGAAGUUGCUUUUAAAACACUUGGCUCGGAUGGAGAAGGAUGCUUAUGGGAUGACGCCUCUCCUAGCUGCUGCAGUUGCAGGAUUCACCAAGAUUGUUGAGUUUCUUAUAGACAGACGAGAGUGUUCUCGGGAACAGAAGAUUGAUGCCCUGGAACUGCUUGGUGCUACCUAUGUGGACAAGAAGAGGGAUAUGAUGGGUGCUAUUCACAUGUGGCGACAAGCGAUGGAGGAGAGAUACAAGGACAGGAAUCGUCCCAUCUUGAAGCCAGAGACAGCAUCACCUAUAGCAGCAUAUGAAAAUGCUGUAGAAGUGACUUCCUGUGAUCAGCUGGAUGAUCUGAUAGCUGAUCCCGAUGAUAUGAGAAUGCAAGCAUUAUUAGUACGUGAACGUAUCUUAGGCCCAGCUCAUCCAGACACUUCCUAUUAUAUCCGAUAUAGGGGUGCACUGUACGCGGAUAUGGGUAACUUUGACCGCUGUAUCAUGCUAUGGAUGUAUGCCUUAGACAUGCAACAGCAGGUCCUAGAAGCCCUUAGUCCAAUGACCCAAAGCAGUUUUUUGUCUUUCGCAGAAUUGUUUUCUUUUAUGACCACAGAGUGGAGAUACCGACCUCCGCAUCCUGUGGACUUCAAAGACAUCAUGAAAGUUCUUGUUCGAGCUAUCCACGAACUGAAAAAGGGAAAAGAGGUGUUGAUGAAAACUAGUGCCGCUGACCGAGACAUUACCCACUUUCAUCGUCUACUUGUGAUAAUCAUGCACCUGCUGUGCUUAGUGUGUCGCUUACAAUCUCAGCUUGGGGGUGAACAGGAGCAUAGCUUCAAACAGACAGUAUAUGAUUUUGUGCAGUUUGAUCCUCGGGGAUCAAAGGGUUAUACGCCGCUCCAUUUGGCAUGUGCUAAAGAAACGACUAAUGUUGGGCGUUAUCCUGUGUGCAACUUUCCAACCAAUGAUGUUGUUCAACUGCUGGUAGAAGUAGGAGCUGAUGUUAAUGCUGUUGAUGUUGAUGGCAACACGCCGCUUCACACUGCUGCCAGUAAUGUACAUACAACUCCAUCAAACCGCCCAUGUCGGGUAGAAAUUGUUCGGACUCUUCUCAAAUCUGGGGCUCACUUAGACGCUUGUAACAAUGAUAGAAAGACUCCCAUGCAGCUGAUUCGUGGAAUGACAAUCAACGAUAUUGUGUCGCCACUGAGCUUUAUAAGCUUACAGUGCCUAGCUGCAAGGAAAAUCAUGAAGCACAGUCUGGACUACAAGGAUAUUGUUCCAAAGAAGUUAGAAAGUUUUAUAGCAAUGCACUGACAGAGAAUGUGUUUUAUCUCAAUCAGAAACAGCAGUGCUUGCGUUGUGGUUAUUUUUAUGCUUGUGGCUGUAGUGGCUCCUAUUUUGUUAUAUACUAGAUAUUUUCGCAAAUGGGUUUUGAGAAUUUAUUUUUUGGGGAUGAGAACGACAGUGACUGUAAUUUACUUUUUCCAUAGACUUGAUUUACGUUGUGCCAAGAGCGUGACUAACCUUCCGUGCUCAUUCAAUAUUAUGACUCUAACCACGUCCAGUAAGGUACCUGUACACCUGUAUUAUGUCCAUACUGAAAACACAUUUGUGAGUGAUGUUCUACCAUAUCCAGUUGUGUAUUUAGAUGUUGCAUAUAUCAAUAGUCCUGUGUGCUAGUUGUAUUCCAAAGACAAUUCCUAGGACCAUUUUUUUUUAUUUCAUACAUGAAUAUGAUCAUUGGUAUUGACAUGAUUAUGUAUAUCUGGGAUCUUCAGGAUUGAUUGCUAGACUAACAUUUAUUUCUCUUUCCCCAUCAUGCACUGCUGCAGUAUCCUCUACAUCUAAAGGAAUGGGGUAGCCUGGUGGUUCAAGGCUUUGCUUGUCAAACCAGAUCAUGGGUUUGAUUACCGACAUUGUGACAGAUCCAAUAUUUACCAAGUGUGCAGCCCAUGACGAUCCCCUUCCAUGAUUGGCUGGAUUAGUAAUAAAAGCAGCAUUAAAGUAUUAAAACCUGACCCACUCACUCACUCAUUCAUUAGUUCUACGAAUUGUUUGAUAGACAUUACUGAGAAGGAUGACAAAGAAGACUCAAUGUAUGGAUAACAACUUCUUUUUUUACUGCAAAGGCAACAUUUCAGUAUAGAUCCUUAUACUGCUUGACAAUGGCAUAAGGAUCUAUACUAAAACGUCACCUUUAUAUAAAGAAGUUGUUAUCCAUAAAUUGUGUCUACUUUGUCAUUAGUUCUAUGGUUAACAUGGAAGUGUUAGGCCUACUCACACUCCCAGUUGUCUGGUAAUAUAUUGAUUUUCCCUCGACAUAUGUAUUGUGGUUAAUCAUCAAUGUCAUGAACUGGCUCGAAAUGCUCAAGUAAUUGGAGGUAUUGUCUUCAUGUUAAUUAGACACUGUUAUUCAGAAUGAAGGUUUCCCUUUUCCUGUCCUCACUUUCUUCACCAAACAUGGUCCAUGAACAUCCAAAUAUUUUUCACUAUUUUUCUACUUUUACAAAAUCAUGCAUGAUGGCAUCUUCCCAAGGCAAGUGAGUUAACUGACUAUAAAAGUCCAGUUUCCACCCUUGCCGACCUAGGCUGGUAUUAUGGAGUUACAUUUUGGCUGGACUAACGAGUCUUUGCAUAGUCCAAUCACAA